AUGGCCGCGCCCCCGGGGCGCCCGGCGCUUUCCGAUUGGCGGUUCCGCUUCUCCUUGAGUGUCGUCGGGGCCACGCCCCCACUCCUUCCGGCCAAUCACACGCGCAGAAAGGACGUAUAUUCGCGCAUCGGGCGUAGCACGGCGCUGGCGCUACACGCGGCAGGCGCGCGCGUGGUGGCCGUGAGCCGCACCCAGGCCGACCUGGACAGCCUGGUCCACGAGUGCCCUGGCAUUGAGCCCGUGUGCGUGGACCUGGGUGACUGGGAGGCUACAGCGCGGGCACUGGGCAGCGUGGGGCCGGUAGACCUGCUGGUGAACAAUGCCGCCGUGGCCGUGUUGCAGCCUUUCCUGGAGGUCACCAAGGAGGCCUGUGACAGGUCCUUCGAUGUGAACCUACGUGCAGUCAUCCAGGUGUCCCAGAUCGUGGCCCGUGGCCUGAUUGCCCGGGGAGCCACAGGGUCCAUUGUCAACGUCUCCAGCCAAGCCUCCCAGCGUGCCCUGACCAACCACACGGUCUACUGCUCCACCAAGGGUGCCAUGGACAUGCUGACCAAGGUGAUGGCCCUGGAGCUUGGGCCACAUAAGAUCCGGGUCAAUGCAGUGAACCCCACAGUGGUGAUGACUCCCAUGGGUCAGGUCAACUGGAGUGACCCCCAGAAGGCCAAAGCCAUGCUGGACCGCAUCCCUCUGGGCCAGUUUGCUGAAGUGGAGCACGUGGUGGACAGCAUCCUCUUCCUGCUGAGUGAACGCAGCAGCAUGACCACGGGCUCCACCCUGCCAGUGGACGGGGGCUUCUUGGCUGCCUGAGCCUGUGCCCGCCAGCUCCCCCCAAUAAUAAACACCCUCUGCUCA